AUGGGAACAAUACAAGAGGUUUUUCCAAAAAAAGCUCAUGUUCUAGCCAUCCCAUUACCAGGACAAGGCCACAUAAAUCCCAUGUUACAAUUCUGUAGAAUUUUAGCCACAAAUUAUGGCAUCAAAAUCACCCUACUUCUAACAAAUAAUAUCACCAAAUCCAUGCAGUAUGCUCCAACUAAUAGUUUAAUUAACAUUGAAACAAUUUCUGAUGGCACUGAAGAAAGCAAUAUUCAAGAUAAUAGUGUCGUGGCAUUUUUUAAACAAUUCCAAUCAAAAGUUUCCCCUAGCUUGGUUGAAAUUAUUGAGAAAAAAAAAAAAUCUAGCCAAGCUGUGAAUAUUCUUUUAUAUGAUUCUGUUAUUCCAUGGGCUUUGGAUAUAGCCAAAGAAUAUGGUUUAUUUGGAGUUUCAUUUUUCACUCAAUCUUGUUCUGUUACUGCUGUUUAUUAUCAUAUGAUGCUAGGAACAAUGAACAAUGAUGAUUCUUUAGUUUCAUCAGUGCCUAAUUUUCCAUUGAUGGGAACUAAAGAUUUGCCUUCAUUUUCUUACUUUAAGGAUUAUUCAAAAGAUGUUAUGCUGCUUCUUCUUAAUCAGUUCUCUAAUAUCCAGGAGGUAGAUUGGGCAUUGUUUAACACAUUUGACAAGCUGGAAGAGGAGGUGGUAAAGUGGAUGGCAAGCAAAUGGCCAAUCAAGACAAUAGGACCUUUGAUUCCCUCAACAUAUUUAACCAAAACUCACAAUGAUAAUGGCAAAGAAGACUCUCGAAUCCAUCUAUUCAAACCAGAUUAUGAAUCUUGCAUGAAAUGGCUACACGAGAGAGACGAUAACUCGGUGAUUUACGUAUCAUUUGGGAGCGCUGCUGGAGUUGAACAAGAACAAAUGGAGGAACUUGCAUAUGCUUUAAAGGAAAUCAAUCAAUAUUUCUUGUGGGUUGUGAGAGAUUCUGAAGAACAUAAACUUCCUAAAGAUUUCAAGUCAGAGUCAUUAGAAAAAGGUCUUAUUGUGAAGUGGUGCAAUCAACUUGAUAUUUUGAAUCAUAAGGCAAUUGCAUGUUUCUUGACACAUUGUGGAUGGAAUUCUACUCUGGAAGCAUUAAGUAUGGGGCUGCCAAUGAUAGCUAUACCACAAUUUGUUGACCAAAUGACUCAUGCAAAGUUUAUUGAAGAUGUGUGGAAAGUUGGAAUACGACCUAAAUUGAACAAAAAAGAAAUUGUCACAAGAGAAGAAAUUAGUACUUGUAUUGAUGAAGUUGUUCAUGGAAAAAGAGGAAAGGAGUUUAAGAGAAAUGCUCUUAAGUGGAAGGAUUUAGCCAAACAAUCAAUGUUUGAAGGUGGAAAUUCCCGUAAGACUAUAGAAGAAUUCAUUUCAAAAGUCACGUCUCUUUAA